AUGGAUGUUAGCAAGUUGUUAAAAAAUGUGAACAAUCUGAACGAUUAUAUAUCCGCAACACAGGAUUUAAUAACAAAAUUUUCAAACUCGAAAAUUCAAUUCAACAUGUCGACUGUUCUCGCAUUAAAUAAAAUCAGAUCAAUUGAAAUAGAAUAUUUUAAUAAGUGUGAUGAAAAUGGUGCGGCGUUAAAAAUACUUGAACUUAUGUUGCAAACGCCACCGUCCAAAACAUGGGGUCUGCUUGGAAAAGAGCUAAUAUCCUUGAUGCAAUAUUGGCUGGAUGCUCUUCGCAAGCAUCUGAUAGUGCACAAUAACCACUGGUGGAAUUUUUUGAGCGUAUUAUUGAAGUUUAUGCAGGAAAUAUGUUUAAAAAAUCGCACAAUAAAUGAUAUCCUAGUUCAAGAAACAGCAGAAUGUUUAUUAGAUAUAGCAACUAGAAAUCAACCAAACCUAGCCCAGAGAUACAAGAUAAUUCAGUGUUUGAACAAAUUCUGUGCAGAGUCUAGUAGGGAAGUCAGAUAUGGACUGAAAAUGAAAUUUGAAAUUUAUUUCAUAAAACUGUCAAGAAUAAUGGUAUCGUGUGGCGAUCUGAGAACCCAGUAUGGCAUAAUUGAAACAUUAUUACGAUGGCUUCUACCCCGCCAAGAUUUAGCAGUUCGGAGGGAUGCAUCUACUAAAUGGUUUCCAAGUAGCUUACAUGGAAGUAAAGCCAUUGAUAUAUUCUUAAGGCGACCAUGGCAAAACUUUUUGAGGGAUGCAAGGGAUUUUCUAAAUGCACUCAACGAAGCUAGUGAUGAUAUCACUUCGGUGCUUUGCAGAAAAUUUUCUGUAGGAAAAAUAUGUUUAAUAUCUGGCACAGAUAAGAAAGACUAUUGGAUUGAUCUGAAUACUGGUAGCAAAUGUAUAUCCAUGAUCUUGGAACCCAAACUUUUAGAAGUUUUAGGCAGUUCAUUGUCUCUGUGCGAUGCGUUAGUUAUUAAUGAAGAUAAUACAAAUACCGUUCAAAUGCACGGUGGUUCGGAAAUUCUCAUAACGCUGACGGUAAUGGACCCUCGACGUAUGCACCCGUCGAAUGUUCUAGAAGGUUGUGACGUCACGAUCGCCAUAAGCAGCAGAAGUGAUCUGGGAAGAGUGGAUAGAGUUUUGAGAAACAUCUUUGAUAGUAAAUAUCAGUUGCUAAUAGAUAUUAAAAAAUGUAUGGAGCUAUCACCUCGGCGUGAACACGAAGGAGCACGAAGGGCAGAUACAUCUGGAGAUGAAGGGAGAUUCUCACAUCCUGUAGAUUUUCAACGCGGAAAACAUUCAGGUUACAUAAUCAGGCCCAGGAACCCAGUCUCAUGGCAGUCACCAUCUACCGCGUCGACUUCUUCACUGGCUAUGUUACGAGAAAAACUAACAGCUUUCCCAGGGUACAGAUUCGAUAAAGAACCAGUGAGUGUUUGCGCUUUACCACAACUAUCCAGUGUUACAGAAGUAAGCGAAACAGACGAACGAUAUGGAUCGAAUGCAUCUCAAAGUACACUGAAAAUUCGGCCCUACGGCGUUUGUCAUAAGAAGUACAGGACCGGUGUAGAUAGGACGUCUCUAAGUGAUACAGAAAGUUUGAAAAAGAGAGAUGAUAAAACUCUAUGCAUUUCCCCUGUAAUUAACGAUGAUGAUAACUCUAUCAGCUGUCUUCUCGUAGCUACGAUAGGAUCUGCUAGUGAUUCUGUUAUAAAUGACACGUUGGAACGUUUACCGAAGGAUAAAAAUAUACAUACAGAUAACAUAGUUAAUAUGCUAGCACAGGAAGCUUUGAAUUCUACACGAAACAUUAAUUACAAUAAAGCUGACAGUGGUAUCAUAACAAGCGAAAAAAACUCACAGGAUAACGAUCGUGUGAAAGAAAAUGCACCAUUUAUAAAUAAUACAAUUAAAGUUAAAAAAUCUAGAAUAAAUAAAAAGUCAAAACGAGUUAACAAUUCAACCACUACCGAUGAAUCGAACACCGAAGUUAUUGAAGACACUCCACAUUCUGUUAACGUUAGAAAUAAAGACUUAAUCAACGAUUCCGUUGUUAAGCAAACUUACGAUAUUCAAGCUGUAGAAGAGUUUUUCUCGCAGCAUUGCGUAGAGAACAGGAACGGUGAUUUGGUCAUAAGUCCGACGUUAGCUAAGAAAAUAAACGAGACAAGUUCGGAAACAAGUGAAUCAUUCGAUUUCUGUCCUAUAAUGAAUGAAGAAGCCGACUUCAAUGAAAUAGAAAUUAUUGAAUGUAUCAAUGAAAUUGUUGAUACUGUUUGUCAAGACUUUGAAAACUGUUCCCAAUAUUUGAAUGAUGAUGCAGAAAUAAAUAAUGAUACAAGAAAUAAAAAAGUGUUAAAUAAAACUGUCGCACAUCAAGACAAAACUCAAGAAAUAUUAAAAAAUAAUCGGAAACCAAUCAAAGAAAUAAAACUUAAGUUUAAAAAUACAAAGAGACAAGUGAAAACGCGUGGCAGAAAGAAAACUAAAUUAGAUACAGCGAUAGUUAAGAGGAUGUCCCCCAUAAUAGAAAGAGAUAGCGUAAUGGAAGAUACAGAAAACGGAAAUAAUCCCGAUCUAAAACAAUCAGAUGAUUCCGAAACUCCAUUAAUAAAACGGAAAAGAAAGUUGUAUUCUCCAAAAGACGAUCACGUGUUAAAUGAAAGAACUGGUGUUCAUGUAUCUGAAACUGAAGAAGAUACUAUUCUAUCCGGUAUUAAAAGAAAUGAUAAAACACCCAAAUCUUUGGCAACCUCCUACAAGGAUAUAGAGAAUUUACGUCGCAGGUCGAUAAGGAAAUUACGUGAUCGUAAAUCUAAGAGUGCUCCAUCGCUUUCGCCUCGAACUAAAAACAUGAAUGAUAUGUUUGAUAACCUCAAAAAAACCACAGAAGGAGAAGAAAAAGUUGUUUUAGCUAGUAAAAAAACCAGAAACAAACAUUAUGCUGUGUAUAAUUUUACCAGCGAUAGUGAGGAUGAGGAUUUUAAAAUAAAAAAGAAUGUAAAAAAUCUUUCUAGAACAACAACUAAAAGUAAUAUAGAAUUAAGAGAUCGACGUAGACGAAGCAAUGCAAAGGUCAACUAUUCUGAAUUAAACAAUGAUUCCACAGAUGAACAAAAUAAUAAAAACAUGAAACGCAAAAACGUUCGGCAGAGGACAAAGAAAAAUGAACGAAAGUCGAGAAUAUUGAAACCGAAAAACGAGAUGAUUGAUGAACGAAUGAGAAAAGCAGCUCCAGAAAUGUUUAACACGUCUUUAAUAAUUGAACAACAGAAUGAAGAACCGGUUGACCCGGAACCGUCUCACCUCGAGCCACAAAUGGAAUAUAUAGCUGAUGAAAAUAUAGAUGAAAACACAACAGUCACCAAGAAGAAGAGAUCUAAGCGAAAUAAAACAGAUUUAUCUUUGAAAAAAGUAAAAACUAGACCGAAUAAAAUAAUUGCAGAUAUAAGUGAUAGGGAUAAAACAGAAAGUCCUUUGCCAGGGCUCAUUAUUGAAAGAGAACAGGAAAACAAAGAUGCAGAUGAAUCUAUUUCAGUACUGAUGCUUGAGAAAUUUAAAGAUAUAUGCAGAGACGGUACUAUGCCAGAUAUAUCAGAGCUAAACAAUACCCAGAAUUUAUUGUCAGAUUUAGACCAUAAUAACAACAGUCCCAAAUUAAACAUAACAAACGAAUUUAAUAAUGUUAAUGAAAAUCAAUAUAACUUCACACCUGUAAAUAAAAAUAAAACUGAAAAAGUUGGAAAACAUAUAAAAACAAAUAAAAGUAAUAAUAAUUGGAAGAGACUAUUUAAACAAGAUACUAUUAACGACAGAUCUGAAUCAAAUAUUGACAUAAUUAAUAUAUCAGAUCGCGUCGAUUUAAUUUCGGAUAGGACAAUAGCUACGAUAGGAAAAUCACCGAUAACAGGACACGGAGACUGUGAUGAAUCACCGCCAAGUACAAAACAUCUAAAACAAUCUGUACUACCUAGAGGCUUAGAAACGCAGGAUCUAAAUCAAUCUAUGAAAGAUUAUUUCAAUAAACUAACAAAUGAACUAAACGAAGUAUACAAUAACUGUUCUAAUAAUUCUAGUAAAUCAAUAGAAGCUAUAAAAAAUGUUGAAAAAUCAUCAGUUGGAGCAUCAGCCAAUAUGUUUGAAAAAUCUCCUUCUGUAUCUAUACCGAGACUGUCCGCAAAGGAAAUAAGCAAAUGGUUACCACCACGCUACAAUUCUGUUUUUGGAUCCCACCAGAGUUCAGACAGUGACAUGUCUGUUCGUCAAACUAGGAGUUGUACGAGAAAAAGUAACAACGAUUCGAAUUUGAAUCAAAAAACUAAAGAUAAGACUACAAAGGGAGUCUACAAGUCGAUAAUAUCUCCAGUGAAACUGUUCGGGGAAUCAAACGUCAAAGAAAAAUCGGUUUCGUCUCAAGGUGACGAUUACGUUAACCACAUUAAAAGUUUAAUGACACACAAGAAGGAAAUAUCUAAACCGAACAUUUCUCAACCGAAACCGCCAAAAUACGAAUUGCGCAAAAACAAAAAUGUCAAUGAAAAUAAUUCUUGUAGUUCUAAAAUCAGCACUUCGACUGAUUUAAAAGAUCAGAGAUCUGGUAAAAGGAAAUCAUCUCCUGUAUUUGAAGUCAAGAAAAUGAGGAAAAUUGAUGACAACAAUAGUACAGAGAGUGUUCCUGAAAGCGGUCCAACUUGUUCUAGUAUACAAGAUUGGCUGAAAAGGAAUGAACGUGCGCAACUUAGAGGCACAGAGGAAAGUAUGGAUUUAUCUCUGAAAGAUAAUUUGGAGAAUAUAAUCGAGAAGUUAGACACGACGUUGGUUGAAAUUCAUCACAAAACAAGUAAAAAAUUUGUAAGUAUGUUCGUGGAGACACAGAAACAUUUAAAAGAGUUGAAGGAGAAACGACACCAAAUGUUCAAAGAGACUGCUAUGGAGGUGAUGUCGGAGGUAGUCAAAGUAAUGGACACGAAAUUUGCUAACUUUGACAGAAGAUCUCAGGAGCUCGAUGAGCAGUUUAUAUCUGAUCUCAAAGAAAAGGCACAAUAUCUUAUCCAUGAGGACUGCAAAGAGAAACGGGUUAUGGUAACAUUACUAAAGGAAGAUAUACAAUCGGUCAUGCAACAUAUAAAGAGUAAAUCAAUAGAAGCUAUAAAAAAUGUUGAAAAAUCAUCAGUUGGAGCAUCAGCCAAUAUGUUUGAAAAAUCUCCUUCUGUAUCUAUACCGAGACUGUCCGCAAAGGAAAUAAGCAAAUGGUUACCACCACGCUACAAUUCUGUUUUUGGAUCCCACCAGAGUUCAGACAGUGACAUGUCUGUUCGUCAAACUAGGAGUUGUACGAGAAAAAGUAACAACGAUUCGAAUUUGAAUCUAAAAACUAAAGAUAAGACUACAAAGGGAGUCUACAAGUCGAUAAUAUCUCCAGUGAAACUGUUCGGGGAAUCAAACGUCAAAGAAAAAUCGGUUUCGUCUCAAGGUGACGAUUACGUUAACCACAUUAAAAGUUUAAUGACACACAAGAAGGAAAUAUCUAAACCGAACAUUUCUCAACCGAAACCGCCAAAAUACGAAUUGCGCAAAAACAAAAAUGUCAAUGAAAAUAAUUCUUGUAGUUCUAAAAUCAGCACUUCGACUGAUUUAAAAGAUCAGAGAUCUGGUAAAAGGAAAUCAUCUCCUGUAUUUGAAGUCAAGAAAAUGAGGAAAAUUGAUGACAACAAUAGUACAGAGAGUGUUCCUGAAAGCGGUCCAACUUGUUCUAGUAUACAAGAUUGGCUGAAAAGGAAUGAACGUGCGCAACUUAGAGGCACAGAGGAAAGUAUGGAUUUAUCUCUGAAAGAUAAUUUGGAGAAUAUAAUCGAGAAGUUAGACACGACGUUGGUUGAAAUUCAUCACAAAACAAGUAAAAAAUUUGUAAGUAUGUUCGUGGAGACACAGAAACAUUUAAAAGAGUUGAAGGAGAAACGACACCAAAUGUUCAAAGAGACUGCUAUGGAGGUGAUGUCGGAGGUAGUCAAAGUAAUGGACACGAAAUUUGCUAACUUUGACAGAAGAUCUCAGGAGCUCGAUGAGCAGUUUAUAUCUGAUCUCAAAGAAAAGGCACAAUAUCUUAUCCAUGAGGACUGCAAAGAGAAACGGGUUAUGGUAACAUUACUAAAGGAAGAUAUACAAUCGGUCAUGCAACAUAUAAAGAGGUCGGACUGAUAUCCGAUAAUAUGAUAUAGAUAAUAUAUAUUUUUUAUUAAUUGUAAUUAAUUUCAAAAAUAUUGGUUUAAUAUAUAAUAAUAACACAUAGUGUUGCAAUUAUAAUUAUA